CACCUCUAGCUGUUCGCAUCGCACGCUUUUUUCCGUCUGUUUCGGGUCGUUUGGCUAUUCGAAAUUAUAAAUUUCAAAAUUACCAACCAGUUAGCCAGGCACCGUGCAAUUAAAUUAAAUCGGAACCAAAGGCGGGCGUGUAAUCAGCGGAGCGGGCGUGUAAAAGCAAACAUAAAGAAAGUACCAGAAAUUUGGGAACUUUUUAUCACAGCGCGCGUGCGACACACAUACACACACACACGCGUACUUCGCCACUGACGCAAACGCGAAGGAAAAAAAACAGUGAGAAAAAAGAGGAAUUGACAAAUAACAACGUUUGGCAGGCACUGGACUCUGAUCGCUGUUGUUGCUUCUGCUUAGAAUUUGCCACGCAUGGACGACGAAGUCAUCGAAAUUAGCGAUAGCGAACGGGAGGAAACCUCAUCGAAUUCCGAGAUGGACGUGGAAAUAACGGUGGAGCAGCCAGGCGUCGACGCCAGCGUCGCUGCAGCAGAGGAAAUUGUGCCCAAGGACGCGGCAACCAUUGCCGAAGAGAAGAAGAAACUGGGCAACGACCAAUACAAGGCGCAGAACUAUCAGAAUGCACUCAAGCUCUACACAGACGCCAUAUCGUUGUGUCCGGACUCGGCGGCGUACUAUGGCAAUCGUGCCGCCUGCUACAUGAUGCUGCUCAACUAUAAUAGCGCCCUGACCGACGCCCGCCAUGCCAUUCGGCUCGAUCCGGGCUUCGAGAAGGCCUACGUCCGGGUGGCCAAGUGCUGUUUGGCUUUGGGCGACAUCAUUGGCACCGAGCAGGCCGUUAAAAUGGUCGCCGAGCUGAAUUCGCAGAGCACGGCUGUGAGUGGCGAACAGGCGGCGGCGCAGAAGUUGCGCCAACUGGAGGCCACCAUCCAGACGAACUAUGACACGAAGGCCUAUCGCAAUGUGAUCUUUUACCUGGACAGUGCCUUGAAAUUGGCACCAGCCUGCCUGAGAUACCGCCUGCUUAAGGCCGAGUGCCUUGCCUUUUUGGGACGUUGUGAUGAGGCCCUGGACAUUGCUGUGGGUGUGAUGAAGCUGGACAGCACAUCGGCGGAUGCGAUUUACGUGAGGGGACUGUGCCUGUACUACACCGACAACCUGGAGAAGGGCAUUCUGCACUUUGAGCGCGCCCUGACCCUCGACCCCGACCACUACAAGUCCAAGCAGAUGCGCAGCAAGUGCAAGCAGCUCAAGGAGAUGAAGGAGAACGGCAACAUGCUGUUCAAAUCGGGUCGCUACCGCGAAGCCCAUGUCAUCUACACGGACGCCCUGAAGAUCGACGAGCACAACAAGGAUAUCAACUCGAAAUUGCUUUACAAUCGGGCCCUGGUCAACACACGCAUCGGCAAUGCCAGGGAGGCGGUGGCCGACUGCAAUCGGGUGCUGGAGCUGAACAGCCAGUAUCUGAAGGCCCUGCUGUUGCGCGCCCGCUGCUACAAUGAUCUGGAGAAGUUCGAGGAGUCGGUGGCCGAUUACGAGACGGCAUUGCAGCUGGAAAAGACGCCGGAGAUCAAGCGACUGCUGCGCGAGGCCAAGUUUGCGCUGAAGAAGUCGAAGCGAAAGGACUACUACAAGAUUCUGGGCAUUGGGCGCAGUGCCACCGAUGAUGAGAUCAAGAAGGCGUACCGCAAGAAGGCGCUGGUCCAUCAUCCCGAUCGGCAUGCCAACAGCAGUGCCGAGGAGCGCAAGGAGGAGGAGCUCAAGUUCAAGGAGGUGGGCGAGGCCUACGCCAUUCUGUCCGAUGCCCGCAAAAAGGCGCGCUACGACAGCGGCCAGGACAUCGAGGAGCAAGAGCAAGCCGACUUUGAUCCGAAUCAAAUGUUCCGCUCGUUCUUCCAAUUCAACGGCGGCGCCGGCGGUCGGAAUAAUUCGUUCAACUUUGAAUUCUAAGGCCACCCAGCGUUUUGUUCAUCGCCCACAGAGAAGAAGACCAUCCAUCACUCCCCCGUUUUUCUGCCUCAUCGGAAGCCAACGCGACCCAACACAGCAGCGCACAAAUUUCAAGCCUUUUUGCAUUUUUUUUCCCUCCUUCAAACCAGAAAAAUACAUAUUUUGUUAUGUUAAAAAAUAAUAGAUAACAAGCCAAAUUGUAUGAAAAACUAUGCACAUUUUAUGACAAAUUUCAAGUGUAUUUUUACAUUUUAAAUGUUGUUUCUAAGAUUUUUUUUCGGUGGCAUUAAAUCAAGAAGAAUAAAAUAAUGAAAGAAAUAUGUAAACAUA